UUAUGUUCCUCUGAUUUGUUGUUCUUGGAUUUUUUUGUUAUUCAAUGCUGAACUGACAUUGAAGAGGACACACACACAUAUUAAUCAUUUUUUCUUUUCUCUUCUUGCUUUUAUUUUUAUUAACAACAAAAUUACAACGAAAAUGGAGCAAAGUAACUCAACUACUGACAAUCUUUUAGUAAAUGGAAAAGUUUCAGAUCAACCGAUUGCCUUACUUGUAGAUGAGCUUUUCAAGGUUGAUUGGAAUCCGUUCGUGGAACAUAGGCGGUAUAUCACCAUGGAAGGCCAUAUGGAGAUUUAUAAUGCUAAUGAGGAAGAUCCAGAACAAAUUUGGAAAAGGCUAUACUUUCGCACAAAAGAUGGGCGUUUUCAGUGGUUUGCGAGUCAUUGUGCAGAUGAACAUCCAAUUUCAGACGUGCUUCUAACUGGCACAGAGAUCAAAGCUAAUCGAGAGGAUUGGACACUUUUGAUAAAAGGAGGCAAGGAAAACGCUGAUUUAUUAGUUCGAGUGCCCUCAAACGUUUUUGAUAAAUGGCAUCAGACGUUGUUGAGUCAUUCCAGUUCUUCCCUGGUAGAUGCGUAUAUCCAGCCAGUUUGGCCAGCAAGAAUAAUCCUGCUAGAAAUUGGUGGCCAUUCAUUACGAGCUGGAAUUCUUACUCAAAAACCCGCAUUGCCCUAUACUUUUAUUCCACUUCUAUGUGCUUUACAUUCAGAAAAUGAUCAUCUCAAAUUUGUAGCUUCUGGAAAGGAGGCAAUAUUGGCUGGAAAACAAGAAAAUUUCAAUUUGGUCCAACCGAUCAGGAUUUCCGAAGAGGAAACAUAUUUGGAUCGGGCAGCUAUGAUCUUUCUUUUGCAACGGGUUAUGCAAGAUAUGGCAGUGCAGGCUCGUGAGAUGGAUAUUAGUUUCAGGCCACAGAAUUUUUCGGUUCUUAUGUCUAUUCCUGAAUAUAUGGACAUUGAAGCUGCUUCUGAUAUCUUAAAAAUGCUGCUGGAUAAAUCCUUUGGCUUUAGGAAUGUAGGAAUUGUUCGACAGCCAAGUUUAGUCCUUUAUUCUUAUGAUGUGACAACAGGUGUUGUUGUUUUUAUCGGAGAACAUUUCUCGAUUGUUCCUAUUAUUGAUGAGUUUGUUGUUCAAGAUGCUGUAAAUUUAAUACUUCCUUAUGGAGCCAAACAAAUUAGAGACAAACUACGAACUAAACUUGACUUGAAAGGAUGGUUGAAUGCCUUAGAUUCUACUAAUUCCUCUUCAGCGACAGUUGAAGAGCUUUUGUUGCGAUUUCUUGUUGAAAAGUGUUGUUUUGUCGCAGCCAAUGGAUAUGAUUCUGAGAGGCAAAAAGGUUCCAAAGAAAUGGUCGUUCAAUUGCCUGGAACUUCACUUUCGCUUAAAAUUGAUGGUGAAAUUAGAUUUUCCGCUCCAGAGGGUAUUUUCAAUCCAAGUCUGUGUGGCAAAGAAUCAGCUGGACUUCAUCAAUUGGUACACGAAGCGAUCCAAAGAUGCCCGAUCGACAGUCGACGACCUCUCUAUAGAGCAAUUUAUUUAACAGGCGGUUGUUCAUUGUUGCGAGGAUUGACUGAACGUCUUGAAUUGGAGAUUUCAAAACUUGUCCCACCAUCUAUACCUGUACAGGUAUUAAAUAGUCCCUGGCGGCGGCAUUCUGCAUUCUUGGGUGCACAUCAAAUUUCUGCCGCCUCGGAUGAAUUUCCGGGAAAAUGUUGUGUUGGAGAAUCGGAGCUUGACGAUUAUUUGCGUCGUAUGAGCACUCCCACAACAAUGGAAUAGAACAUUUUUAAAAAUCCUUUUCUG